GCGUGCGAUGAGUUAUAGAAAUUGUCGAAUUACAAGAAUACGUACGUACGUAGGCCUACGUUGGAACUUUUGACUAUUUAAACAUGUGCUGGAAAGAAUACCGCUGACGUGUUGAGCGUGUGCUAUCAAUCAUGACGUUAUUGUUGAUGUGAACCCCAGUGUUAAAUUGUCACUCGUGUUGAAGGGGAUGACAAAAGCCGUCCAAAUUAGUGCUUAAACACGGUUGUGACGGUGUGAACACGAUGACGAUGGACUUGAAGGAGUAAUUUCACCCGGCAGUACACGUGUACGUGUACGCCUACAGAUCGGUGAUACACGGUGACGGUGUGAACACGAUGACGAUGGACUUGAAGGAGUAAUUUCACCCGGCAGUACAUGUGUACGCCUACAGAUCGGUGAUGUACAGUUAGAUGCUCAUUUGACAUUGCCUAGCCGGUACAUGUAUAUAGAGCAAGGACACAGUGGAGCCUGGAGGUGAUGAAAGACAUCAAGAAUCUGCAGUUUCUGAUGGGGAUCACUUGCAAAGAGGAAGUGCAGCUUGUGAAGCCAAGUCUACACGUAGUUUGAACCAUGAUGUCUCACCAAGGUUGCUGCCCAUUUGUUUGCUGCUGAUUGCCGGUGCGUGGAAAUCUCCCAUAAGAAACUACCAGUAAGCUUUUUUGGAAUUAAAUUGCAUUUCACUUGUGCGAUCAGUUUUACCAAGUGAGUCGAUGAGGGAAAAUACCUGAUUGGUAUUAUGGAGAAGGACAAUGCAACUCGAUUAGGGUCUGUAGAAGACUUCAUUGCGGGGAUCAAGUCCUAUUACAAUAACCCAGAGCUAAGUGAUGUGAUUAUCCGCGUGGAUGGCAGCGUCUUCCAUUGCCACAAGUUCUUCCUGGCGUCAUCCAGUGAUGUCUUCCAGACCAUGCUGACAGGGUCCCAAUGGGUGGACUCCCAGCAGCAAGAAAUCAUCCUGGAGGAGAGCCCUGAGUGUACUGCCGUGUUCGGUGAGUUCCUGAGGUACCUGUACUGUGGGCAGGUGACGGUGGACAUGCGGACCAUCAUGCCCAUCUUCACGCUGGCCGACAAGUACAACAUCCACCGGCUGCGCUGCCAGUGCGAGCGAUACAUGACGGAGCAGAUCGGGCAGGGCAAUGUGCACGGCGCCCUGGACUGGCUGUCCUUCGCCGAGACCUACAGCCUGGACCAGCUGGUGACCCACUGCUACGAGGUCAUCGCCUGUAACCUACCCAAGAUCCUGGAGCUGGAAUCCUGGCUGGGCUUAUCUGUGGACCAGAUGUGCCGGCUCCUGGACAACCCCCAGCUAGUGGUGGCCGACGAGUACACCCUCUUCAAGGCCAUUGAGCGGUGGCUGGUGCACGACCUGCAGAAGGGCGGUAUAACGGCCAACCUCCGGCGGGUCCUGCCCUUCAUCCGCUUUGCCCAGAUGACCUCAGAGCAAAUCCUCACCAUCGAGAAGUCAGAGUUUGGCCAAAUCUACGACAAGCAGAUCAAGGACUAUAUACUGGACGGUUACAAGUUUCACGCUCUGGCCGGGACAGGGAACAUGUCGGAGCUGUUCUCGGCUGAACGCUACCUGGCCCGGCUCUACCUAGCCCCACCGCAUUGCCAUGUCCUGUACGUUCACCCAACCAGCACGGUCAUGGCCAAUGCCAUGACCCAGGGUUACCGGCCGAAGAGCGGCUCCCCAUGGUACCUCCUCUUGAUGCAGAACUCCAAAGCAGAUGCUGUGGCGGCCGCUAGCAGCAGCAGUGCCACCAGUGAUGUCACCAGCGAGCGGGGCAUGCUGACCAAUGUCACAUACAAGCUGCAAGCGCCCAACACCGACAUUGGGAAGUCCUUCAGGCUCGCCAUAUCAGCGUAUGACGGAAACGAUAGAUUCCUGAAUGCCGUCACAAAGAGUGGACUUGUCUAUAAGCCGGACGGGCCCACCGCCAAUGUGCACUGGAGCUUGACAACUAACGUCACCACCAUCCACUCCCAGGCAUUCUUAGACAAGAAAGGAGGCAAAAUCAAACUCGGCGUAGUCAUUCAAGUGUUCCAAGCUUGAUCAAAUUUGAUUCGGGUGUCAACUUAAAAAUUCCUAUGGGUGUGCAUUAGGUCUGGGUAAAUGGUUUUUGUUUACAGAUUAUACAUGUACGAAUGUUUUAAUUUAAUCAGGUCAGCAGUUAUGUGCUAAAAUGUACCAGUAAAAUACUGCACACCACCAGAAUUGUAAACAUCAAGGACGUGAGCUUGCCUUGCACCAAAUUACAUACAUACAUGUAUACGUACUUCCUGCAUGUACAUGUAUGUAAAUCUGGCCAUAAAGAACUACUCUAGUAUCCAAACCAGGCUAACGUUUACUUCCUCAGUGCUUAAUUAGCAUAAAUGCACUGUCACUAUACGUACCGGUAUAUUGGCCAAAAAUUGCCUGUGGCUUCUGUGCACAUGGAGGUACAGGUACUCCUUCGUGUGACAAUUGAGAGAUAUUCGCUCUUUGCACGCUGCAGCCAGAGCCUCAAAAUGGCAGCUUAUACAAUCACAUCAACGCAGCUUUUUUAAAUAUUGUCCAAUCGCAUGGUAUGCAUGUACGCAUGCAAAAUUACUAAGCAUACACAGGAUUCACUGAACCAGGUAUAUUUAAUGUGUAAAGCUGCCAGAUCGAGGCUCUGCAUGCCUGUGGUGGCAGCAUGCAAAGAGCAAAUUGCAGUCAUUUGAAUGCACUGUUCUUAGACAGUACAGGUUUGUGCACAUUCAAAUGAAAAUUAGGUUUGCCAUGCUUAUAAAUAUGUGAAUAGGCUUGACAGCACCAUGCAUACGUGAGCACAUCAGUUGAGUAGCUUUGUAUCGGUAUCAUCCAGUCUGCAAGCACAGUGUACUAUGUAAAUUUAGAGGCAAUAAAUUACUGGUACAUAAGAUACAUGUACUGUGUAAACAAACCUUUCAAAAAAUCCUUCAAGUAGAACACUUUGCCACCGUACCAAUUAAUGAUGGAGACUGUUUUUUGCACAUGAGCCUGCCAAAAAUCCCACAGUUAAAUUCUAAAUAUUGCAACAGUCAUUUGAACCACUAGGCAGAAUUUCAGAGAAUACAGUAUGUAUGUAUAUGUACGUGUAACUGCGGAAUCCCUUUUAUAAGUAGCUUCAUUGAACCGUAUCUUUGUGAGUGAGCUACUCAGUACUUACUGGAUUCUAAAACUCUAAAAUUACAUGAACAUUUGUACAUGUAGGUUAGGUGGGGGAGGGGGCGUAAUCCCAAGUGAAGGUCUGUGCCCUUACAUGUGCAUGUAUAUGUACAUGUAGGUGCCCCCCCUCCCCAUUUGGAAUGUGGAACCUCUGUACAAUGUACAAGCCACAGUUCCUUGGCUUCAGGUGUGCCUCUCCCCCAAAAAGGUGUGUUGCCCUGGGUGUCCCCUAGAAAUUCCACCCUAAAUGUCACUGUCUAUCCCCAUUAUGUAAAAAAGUAUCAGAACAUUAUAGACACUAAGAGUAUGCGUAAAGGCACAUGUAUGAGUUACCCUGUGAAUAAAGAACAGUAUAAAUUUACAUACAGGUAAAAUGAUUGUCAAAAAUACGUUAUAAACUUCAAGUUGCUCCAUUUUGUUCAGAACAGUGUCUUUGUGAUGAAUGUAUAAUGUGUACUGUACGUGUAUGUGCUGGAACUCAAGACUGUGUAAACACAUUCACAGUACAUGUGGCAACGUACCAUAAAUUAUGUCUGGUUUACAUAUUCAUGUUCUAUUCAGCAUACGGUAUGUAGUUACACUACUCAUUAUUCAAGAAUUCCUGGAUGUCAGGGAUAUCGGCCAUUCCAAACUAGGGCGCAUUCCAUUAAAUACGCAUGUACAUAUAUACAUGUACAGUGUAUGUGAAUGUGUUCAGUGUUUGCAAACAAAUUACAGUUAAAACUGUGAAAGAUUAUAAACCACACUACAUGUAGAUCUUAAAUGGGUAAAGCAAGCCAGUUGUACGGUAAACUUUUUUUGGAGUUCUUUGAAACUGUGUACGGUACAUAUGUACAUGUAUACAUGUACAUGUAUGUUGUUACAGCUACAUGUACACGUAUAUGCUUUAUACGUGUCAUGAAUACGUGUACGGUACAUUACGUGUUAAUGUAAUCACAUGAAAGCACAUGUACAUGGAUAAUUUAAAUGUUUCAAAAUGUUCCCCCAUAUUUGUGGUUGUCAGAGUACAUGCAGUUGAAUUCAACUUGCAAAAGUGUAUGUGAACAUUGAAUCUUGGCAUUUUCAUAAAGUUUGAAAACCUACAAUGCAGUUGCAGAAAAUGACUUUGAAAGGUGAAAGUUGUGUGCAUGGAAGCUAGAGUGGAGUCUGCAUGUUUACCUCAAUACAGAGUUGCCAGUGAAAUUACAUGGUGUGUUAAACUUUGGUUCAUAUUGUUUGAACUCGUUAGAUUUCCCAUACAGUUUAAGUGUAUCAAGAACAAAAGUUGUACAAUGUGAACAAGACUGAAAGUUAAGGAUGCAACAUGGAAUAAAAGAGUAUAAACAGAUCGCUUUUUGCUCCAGGAAGUGUGCUUUUGUUGCAAGUGACUAUGCAAACUUACAAGUUCCAAGUUGCCAGACUGCGUUUGAGUUUUAGUAAAGGCCUUGAAUGGGAUCGAUCUACAUGUACUACCGGUAUCUAGCAUAAUUUACACUGUACAUGUAUGUACAAAAUUGCCAAUUCCUCAAUGUUUUUCACACUGAUGUCCCUUUUUAUCAGAUUGCAAAAUGAAGUGAUGCGCAUCAAAACAACCCAGGGUAGUUUUCUCUUUCAACCUGCAUGUACUGGUGAAUGUAUGUACCAGUAUACAUGUAUAUACAUAUAUAAAUGUGAGCUUAAAUAAGAGCACUGAAAGCAAUGCUGUCUCAAGACCAAAGAAUUUGAUGGGGAUUUGAAGAAGUAUGGUACAUGUGUAGAUGUAUGAAAGUUUUGAAGUAUUGGCUUUCAUAUGAUGUUAUUACAGCGAGUGUGUUUGUGGAUAUGAUCACUUUAUAUUUGCCAAGGACAACAAUGGUUUCCCCUUCCUUUAAUAAGGUUUGUGUUCAAGACUUUCAGCUUUGCUAUGGAUAAACCAAUUUCCUUGUUCAACUUCCCCAAUAUUCAAGUACUGUAAUGGUCACACAAAAAAGUAAGUCUUGUGAUGAAACUUUGGUAUUCCAUGUUGUUUUAGGCUUCUGUACAUGUGCUGCCUACUUCAUUGUUUAAAAGCUGGCUUACAUGUACAUUUAUUUCAAUGUUAUUUCCUUAAAAAAGGAAGGGUAUCAGGAUUGGUGGAAAUAUAUCCAGCAUCUUUA